CCACAAUGAUGAUUAAUUAUAAUAAAUUAACACAUUAUUGAGAGAACAAUAGCCAGUAGAGGAAGAUGAGAGUAUAAAUACGUACCUGCAAGGGGCCACGAACAAAAUAACAACUUGUUUCACUGAAUUCAGCUCAUGCGAGUGAAUUUCUGGAGAAUUUCCUCAUUUCAGAGUGAAUGACGGUAUCAACAGCUGACUGAGGAAAUUCCUCCUUUACUUACUGAAGUCACUUUGAUAUAUGUAUCUAUCAACAUCUGUCACUGAGCCCCCAGCCCCCCUUCGGCGGGCUGUACUAGAUAGGUAUGUGUACGUGGUUCAGUUCCACUGACAUCGCUCCUCCCACUCAGGGCAUGGCCAGUUCAAGUUUCAGCAAUGUGGAUGAGUACGGCUUCGAAAGACCAUCGGAUUUCGACUACAGAAGUUAUGAGGAAUUUAUGUCAGAGUACCUAAAAGUCUUAGCUAAAAGAGCUAAAAAAUGGUCGGAGAUUAUUGGAGAAGGAAAAUCAUUGGAGCGUAGUUUAUCAAUCAAACGAUAUGUUCGCAAAGGCAUUCCAGGAGAGCACAGGGGAAUGGUAUGGCUAUCUGUCAGCGGAGGCGAAGACUUGAAAAAUGCUAAUCCCGAUCUCUAUCAGAAGCUGCUCAAUGGACCUCAUAACAGUCAAAUUGCUGACAUCAUCAAGACUGAUCUUCCUCGAACAUUUCCAGAUAAUAUAUUCUUCAAUAAUACUGUCAAUCAUCAGCAUCAACUCUAUAAUAUUUUACUGGCUUUUGCGCACGAAAAUCAAACUGUUGGCUAUUGUCAAGGACUGAAUUACAUAGCAGGAUUGCUACUGUUGGUAACAAAGAACGAAGAGACAGCAUUUUGGCUACUGAAAGUAUUAAUCGAGAAGAUAUUACCGGACUAUUAUACCCCUACGAUGGACGGAUUGGUGACAGAUAUCGAUGUUCUUGCUGAGUUGGUUAGAUUAAAAAUACCGGAUGUGCAUCAUCAUGUUACUAGUUUAGGAUUGCCAUGGGCUGUUAUAACAACGAAAUGGUUUAUAUGUUUAUUUGCCGAAGUACUGCCAAUUGAGACAACACUUAGAAUAUGGGAUUGCCUAUUCUACGAAGGCAGUAAAAUAAUAUUUCGCGUAGCUCUCACUCUCAUGAAACGAAACAAAAACAAUUUAUUGUCGUGCCAGGAUUUUGCAUCAUUGGCAGACUGUUUCAAAGACAUUACGAAAGACAGUAUAGUGUUGCAGUGUCAUGAAUUUAUGCAGAGUAUUUUUAAAGUACCUGGAUCAUUUCCGAGAGCCACCAUAGUGAAAUUACGCACUAAAGUAUCACAAGAACGAGAAUUACAAAAAAAACCGACACUGGAGCGGUAGUAUUAACUCAAAAAUCGAAAUUGAAUUUAUACUUUUACAGUCUAGUCACGUUUGCAUCAAAAUAUUGUUCCUGAAAUAUUCAAUUCUAUCACAAAGAAUGACUUUGUAUUUGAAAUAACGAAAAGAGAACGAAAGAAAAUUCUGUCCAUUACGAGAGCUCAUUCAGUGAUUGAAAAUCAAUGCUCGUUAGAUUAGAAAAAGUAUUAAUUGACUCUCUACUGAACAAAAUCGCUGGAUCGAUGACUAUUAAAUUGGGAAUAAUGACCAAUUGAGAAGAACAUUUUGCCAAUUGAUAUGAGGCUUCAGUUUAUUGCUACCGAUUUAAUAAUAAUUUAUAUUUGAAAAUAAUCUGAUGCAGUGUAUUAACGUCAAUUAUUUACAUGUCAGUAGUUUUCCUAAUUAUGUACAACGAACAUCCAAUGACAUUACUUCUCCAGCAUAUCCUUCGCCUCGUUUACUUUGGCAGCUAUGUAGGGGGAUCCCCCUCUGUCAGGAUGAUUGGCAGACAUUACUUUUUUGAAUUGUUCUUUGAUUUUUGCCUUGUUGGCUGUGGGGGAGACACCCAGGAUGAGACUGGCUUCCCUUUUCGUCAUUGUCGGCUCAAAUCCACCCUUGUGGUAUUUACUAUUAGCUAGUGACUGUGAAAUAAAAAAAAAUCAAGUCAUUAAUUCAGGUUUACGUAUUGAUAAAUGUUUUAUUGUCUGUAAUAAAGGGAAAUGGGAAAUACAUAAUACGCAAUUAACAAUAAAUAUAAUUCAAGCAAUUACUGAAUCGAGAUUAAUACCUGGGAGUCCAGCUUAGGAAGUGAUUUGAGAGCCUCAGACAUCUUUUUAGACAGAGUUGGCAUGGAUCUAACAAUGUAACGACCCCCAAAGCCUACAAUGGCAAUGCCAACACCAGCAACAAUAGCUGUACUCGCCUGAAAAUUAAUAAAAAUUACUAGCCAUGAAUUCACUCAAUAAAUCAUGAUUCCAGUGGGUUCUUUACUCUUCCACGAUAUUACAUGAAGCUGAAACUAGCAGAAUAUUCGUCAGCGAAAAAUUCAAUUUAGGCGAUACUUGAGUGUAGGAGAGUGAAAUAAUCAUGCAUACAAAUGUUUUUCAAGUGCCAAAGAAUUUUUACAUUACUUAAAAACAUUUGUAGACUUCUAGAUUCACCUAAGACAAAUUUUCUGCUGUCGAAUCUUUCGCUAGUUUUGCUAGCAGAGUAUUCGUCAGCGGAAAAUUCAAUUUAGGCGAUAUUUAAG